AUGCACCCCACAAGAUCCCACCCUCUUUUCAUUCGUUCUUCUCGCAUUCCGCUGAGAUCUCCUUUCGGAACACUUCUUCCGAUCAAUAUGCAUUGCACUUCUGUUAUUUCACUUUUACUUUCGAUUGCUGUUUUCACUUCUGCUGUUAACGCCUUCUACUUGGUGAGUUAGAAAUGGAAAAAUAGAAUAGUAUCAAUUUGGAAAUAAUAAAACUAAACAUCGAACAUCGCUGGUCUAAUUGAGGAUUUUAAUCAAAGUUCAAGUGGUUAAUUUCGGUGAAUGAUGAAUGAAACCAAACAAGACAACACUCCAUAACUGGGUGGUCCAAUAAGAAGUCAUUUUUCUGUGUGGGACCACUCAGUAUUUUAAGGCCACAUAGCAUAAGUUAUUUUCGAUAUUAGUCUUCAAAUAAUUGACUAAAAUUUGAUGGAAGUCUUGAAUUCUCCGCUGUAAAAUAUAGCGCUUCUAAAAGAUCAGACUUCGAAACCUAACCAUCUUCGAAACCUUCGAAACCUAACCAAAUCAGAGAAACCCAGGAUUCCACACAAGUCGUUCAUUACUUCGUAGAUGAGCUUAGCUUUGAUCCCACACGGAACUGCACAAGUUAUCCAAACCAAAAUAUCUAAUUUCAAAACAUGGUGGCUAUUUUUAUUUCCAUUUUAUUUUUUCAUUUUCUAAUCAAACAACAACAAAAGAGCUGUGAGAACGACCAAACAAAAUUGUACUUUUGUUGCAAGAAAUGUUUUCUAGUGCCACGUCACUUUUUUUUCUAGCGAACUCAAAAAAGACACGAGAAUAACUAAUCAAGUUGUUUUGAUGUGGAGGAACAACCGGGUCAAAACGACCUGGUUCCUUGUUCGUCACAUCACAACAGAAUUCAAUUUUCGUGUGAGAAAACAACUGAAAAACAUCGAAAAAUAAGUACGGUUUGGAGAGAGCUAUGACGUGGAACUAAUUGUGUCACAUCAUUACUCGAUAUCAUCAAGCUUACAAUCAUAACAAAAUUGCAAAAAUCUAUAUAAUCUCAUGAAAAAUUCACGUGAAACAAGUUUUAGUUUCUUGAAACAUGUCCUAUGAGUAAAUUAAUAUAUUUUUUGCUGUCAUGAGUUGUUUCUAGUUCUCUUUAUUAAUUUCGCGCUGACCUUUGCCAAUUGUUGUUACUUAUUAUAGCAACAAAUGAAAAAAAAAAGAGAGCCGGAGGACGAAAUGAGUAAACUCGUUAACCGAAAGUGCCGUUACUUGAAAAUUCUGUCAUCAUCUAUUCUUUCAUCUUCCAUAUAGUAGGAGAAGCACAAAAUAAAACUUAUUUUUUAAUAGCAAAAAGCUGGCUAGCAGACAACAUGCACUGAAGGAAGUUUUCUCUUGAGAUUAAUUAGAAUAGCGAAUUAGGUGGGAAUAAAUAGAUACAUAGGAUACGUAGAAGGGAGACAUGUUAUUGUGAACGAGACUUAUGUUAUACAAUCUGAAGAUAGAUUUUGAAUUUUAGAAGGACUACGAGAUACUGAAUAGCUUAUGAUAAAAUCCAGAACAUUACGAUCGAUUAUAAAAUACUUGCGGUCAAAAUUGAGGUUUAAAAAAUCUAAGAGAAGUUUCUAAUGAAUUCUGAAACCGAUCAAUGAUUUCAAAAUUAAUAUUUAUCAAUGCCUGAUGAUGUUCCCGAAGCUCAAAAAUGUUACUUCAGUCUUGAUGAACAUUGAUCUAAUUUCAAAGUUUGUUUUCAAGUGUACUAGUCAAAUUGGCUCAAUCUGAACCUACGAAAUGUUAGUGAAAAAUGAGAAAAAUCAUGAGAACUAAUAGCGUAUCAACUCUAUAACUAAGAGAGAAAAUUAGCGGGCCUCAUAUCCGAGAAAAACCAUGUAAAGAAGUAUUUGAAUCAUACAUUAGUUCUUAAUAACUGUUUCAACUUUAAUUUCUUUAGAUCAAGAUAGGUUGUCAACAACAAUUAAGUGUCUCUUGAAAUAUUUGAGUUCACUCAAAAAUCCACACAAUUUCCAGUAUCUUCCACGCAACUAUGAACCAAUCGAAGAUCAAUUGAUUCUUUUCGAUCAAUCUCAACUGAUACCAAUUGGCCAACUAACACAAGAUCAACUACAAAAAAGAACAACCAAGUGUAAGUGACAUCUAUUUUCUGAAGAAUUUUUAAUCAUAAUAAUAAAUAUAUUUUCAGCAUCAAUUCGUCGGCGUUCAGCGGAUUGUCGUUGCAACUUCAAAGUAUGCACAAUGCAUUGUUUGAGCUAA